AAUUUUAUGAAUAACAAUUCCCUAUUUCAUACAAACAUAUUCUUACAAUAAGAACUCCUCCUCUAACAAAUGAUCAUAUUCAACUAAAUGCUCUAUUAAAAGUAAUUUUAACUUUUUAUUAUCCAAUAGUAGAACCAAAUCACUUCCAACACCACAAUUAUAACUACUAAAGUAAAAGCCUUUAUAUGAAAAUGACUUAUCCUCUCAAUUAAUUUAAAAAUAAGAUGAGACUAAUCUAGUUAAACCAAUAUCAACUAAAUCAACUAAAUAAACCAAGUCAAUUAAAAAAUAGAAUAAAGCUUCAAAAUCAAAACAUCUUCUUUGUGCUCAAAAUUUUGAAAAACAAAUUAAGGAAACUUCUCAGAAGAAAAAAAUAUUCUUAUCGAUGUUAGAUAUAAAGGAAGCUUAAUAUAAAAAGUAAGCUUAUAAUAAUAUAUAUAGGAUUAAAAUCACAGAAAAUGAUAAACUAAAAUAACCUAUAGCAGUAGUCCAAGAAUAAUUGUGACUUUACUUUUCAUUUCUUUUAUGAAUAGAAUAUUUUACAAAAAAU